AUGCGUCAAGGUGUACGCACUGUAUCCUCGGUAGAUUUCGGCGGGGCAUCCGCCUUCAUGGCGGCCACUUCCCAAGUUUGGGGCCCAAAUGUGAGGGAGUUUCUUCGCCGUUUCCACCCGGCCAAUGAACCGCAGUCGCUCUCGCGUCUGCGAAACCUUCAUCUGACCUACGUGGUUGAAUUGAGGGCCAUCGCAAAAGCGGCACCCCUCCUUCGGCAACAUUCUUUCUUCACUGGCAAUUCAGAGUUGGAUACCGCUACUCGCAAGGAAGUUUCCAAAGUGCUUGACUUAAUUGAGUAA